CUGCUCUGAACUUAUUUCUUUCUUACCUUGUACUAAUUUGAGAUUUAGCUUAUUUCCAUUUUCAAGGACACAAAGUAUACCCAUUAUGUAAUUGGGAGCUCUUUAAUUUUUUUUAAGGUAGCUAUAAACUUGUAGGUAUAAACAUCCCUUUUAGGACUGCUUUCUGUGUGUCCCAUGGGUUUUGGCAAAGUGUGUCUCCUUUUCCAUUACAUUCUAGGAAUUUUUAAUUUUCUUUAUUGGUUUUCCCAGUGACUUAGUCAUCAUUCAGUCUUGUGUUGUUCGGUCUCAAUGAUUCUGUGGGUGUUCUCUGUUUCUCUUGCUGUUGAUUGCUAGUUUUAUCCAUUGUGGUUAGGUAGAAUACCAAAAAUUGCUUCGGGUUGCCCUACAUGAAUUAGGACUUUCUUGGUGUCUUAUUACAUAAUUUAAUUUAGAGAAAGUUUCAGGGACAGCUGAGAACAUUGUGUAUCCUGCAGUGUUUGGAUGCAAUGUUCUGCAAAUCUCUCAUCCAUUUGACCUAUGAUGCCAUUUAGGUGAUAUCUUUGUGUAUUUUUUUUUUUUCUAGCUAGAACGACCUGUAUAUUGGUGAGUGUGGGCUACUGAAGUCACCCAUUUUUGUCUUGGGAUUAAUCGCUAUCUUUACAUCUUACAUUGUUCGUUUUAUGAAAUAAACUCUGAUGGUCCUAGGGAGCAGUUGCACAUCACAGGUUUUGUUAGUAGAGAGGUGAUAAAAAAAAAUUGUUCCUUGGUAUCAAGGCAAAAAGUUAGGGCCAUAAUAAAAGACAGGCAUGGGUUUAUUCAGCAAUGAUUAACUUAAGGAAGGUACUGUGCCACCCAAUGACUUAACGUAUGGACUUGGGAAUAAGAAGAUAGGAAAUAACUUAAGUGCCAUAGACAUGUAAGCAGGGUAGACUGCUGUGGAAUUCUCCGGCAUUAGCCAUGGGAAUUCAAGUAUUCCUGCAAAAACUCUCAGGACUGCUGCUCCUGCUGUGUGCCCUGCCCUGGGCUGAAGGUGAGAAAGUGCUGGUGUUCCCCAUAGAGGGCAGCCACUGGCUGAGCAUGAGGGGUGUUGUAAGGGAGCUCCAUGCCCGAGGUCACCAGACUGUGGUCCUGGCUCCAGAGGUGACUGUGCACAUCAAAGGAGAGGACUUCUUCACCCUCAAAACCUACACGGUUCCUUACACCAAGGAAGAGUACAGGCACCAAUUGCUGGGCCACCUUCAAAAAGUUUUUGAAACUGAAUUUUCUCUGAAGUUUGUUUUACAGAAUAUGGCAGCUGUAAAUAAUAUAUCAACAUUCUAUACUAGAUCUUGCAUGGGUCUGCUGCACAACACAGCUCUGAUCCAGCAUCUGAACUCCAGUUCCUUCGAUGUGGUGUUAACAGAUCCCUUUUUUCCCUGUGGGGCAGUACUGGCCAUGUACCUGCACGUUCCUGCUGUUUUUUUCCUGCAAUCCAUGCUCUGCGAACUAGAAUUUGAGGCAACAAGCAGUCCAAACCCCUCUUCUUAUGUUCCCAAGUUACUAACCAGGAAUUCUGACCACAUGAGCUUUUUAGAAAGAGUGAAGAACAUGGUUUACCCUUUACCGUGGAUGUAUUUUUGCCAUGUUAAUUAUGGUCCUUUGGAGAGACUGGCCUCUGAGUUUUUGCAGAGGGAGGUGUCCUUGGUGGAGGUUCUCAGACAUGCAUCCAUGUGGCUAUUGAGAAAGGACUUUGUGUUCCACUACCCCAGGCCUUUCAUGCCCAACAUGGUCUUCAUUGGGGGCAUAAACUGUGCCAACAGGAAGCCACUCACUCAGGUCUGUAUUCAGUCUUUAUUGAAAUGAAUUUGCAGCAAGUCUGUGUUAAAAAGAAUAAACAAACAAAAGUAGAAGUACUCUGAAUUGCUCAGUUACCCAUUCACUUUCUGGGGAUUUCUU